AUGACUCGUAACAAAAAUAAAUAUAAAGGCCGUAAGCAGAUCGAGCUUACCGACUCUGUGCCUGUCAAAGUCGAGGGCCAACCACAUCGUGCCACCGGAUUCUCCCCCAACGCCGUUGUCAUAAAGAAUGAGCGUGAACUCCACGAUGCCUCUCAAUCCAUGGCGGACGAAAAGUACAUCAAGAAGGAGGAUCAACAGCACAUCAAGAAGGGGGAUCAACAGCACAUCAAGAAGGAGGAUCAACAGCACAUCAAGAAGGAGAAUCAACAGGACAUCAAGAAGGAGAAUGGGCAACACAUCAGACAGGAGGAUGGGCAACAUAUCAAACAGGAGGAUGGGCAAGACAUCAAGAAGGAGGGUCAAAGGCGUCACACUACAUCUUCCAGUGCCUUUUACCCAUCAUCACAUCGUGACCUCAUAAAAAAAGGGAAAGAGAUAAUCUAUACCCCUACAUCCACCACCUGCCCCUCACCCAACCCCAGCACAUUCAAGAGGGAGUACGAUGGCAUUCCAUCUGGUUCAUCCAAAACCGAUCUUGCGAUGAAAGAGAACCAGUUGCAUCAUGGGUUCCCAUCUUGUACCUUCGACUCAGACGACCUCAAUGCUGCCAUGAAGGAAAAUCGGCUCCAUCAUAGGUCAGCAUCUGAGAGGUUUGACUCGUAUGGAACGGAUAGCAUGUGGAAGGAGAACCAGUUACACCAUGGCACCUCAUCAAGUAAAUAUCGCUCACAUGACACCGAUCUCAUGAGGAAGGAGAACCAGUUGCACCAUGAGCCUCAAGCUCAGCCGGCAAGUGUGCGGCAGGCUUAUGUCCACCAGCCUCCUGUCUUACCACGUGGGUGGAAGCCUCCAGCAGACCCAGAGCCGGACCGUGGAGCGACAUAUACUAUCCCAAAUUACAAGGAUAGGAUGCUGUGGCCUGCCUCAUUGAAACAUUAUAUUGCGCGAUCGUUCGAGGAUAUUCUGCCAGAAGAAUGGGACCCCGUUUACAGAGAGCUCCAUGCUAUCAUUUUGGAAGCUUGUAGAGAUGAUAUACAGCUGUGUGUUGAUUGGGACAAAAUGCCGCUACCCAAUGUGAUUCGGCACGACAUUCGAAUUGCUGAACUGAGAAAGUUAAAACAGGAAAUUGCAGAGCUUGAUGAGUUGCAAAGAAUUGAGGAUGAGGAAAGGGGGAAAGUCUGGCUAAAGAGAAAAAUGGAAAGAGACAAGGAGCGUGCGCCAAAAAGAGAGACAGUCGGUCCUAGCUCACCUCCAAAUAUCACGGCAAAGCAUAAGGAACACAUUAAAUUGGAGGAAAGGCAGAAUGAUCAAACUAGUCCUGGAGGCAGAGGGUAUACACAAAGGAGGCAGCAGGCAAUCAAAGCUGAAGUUUAUGAUUCCGAUGAUUCUGAUCAUCUCAGCGAGGCAUGUUUUAGACUUUCUGACAAUUCGGAACUCGACUAUACACAUGAACCCCACGGAAUCGGCGCGUCGAAUCAUCCCGAACUUGCGGCAAUGAGUGGUUUAGACUUGAAAGCUACAAAGCGCCAAAACACAGAUUACUCUCUUUGGGAUACAGAGCAACUCCACCCGAACGACUCGAUCUCCCAGGUUGGGAGUCAGAACGGUUGCGAAGAUUUACAUGAUAUGGCAAGCACUUUUCGAGGUCGGAAAACAUUUACCUUCACCAAUAACGAACAAGCUUCAGGCAUGAAGACUUCCUACCAAUUGGAUGAUAGCUCCGUAUCUUCAAUGGCUCUGGAUGGAGGCGUUACUAUCCCGGACAGGGAGGAGGCCGCGUUCACUUUCAGCCGCGUGCGAGUCAGAAGAGCGAUAUCAGGUCUACAGGUUACCCUUCAAAUGAUAGACCAAUUGCUGGAAGGAACUCACAUUCAGGUUCCAUUAAAACUCAAGAAUCCAUUCAUACCCAGGGAUCCGUUCGUACUAGGGGAUCCAUUCAUACCCAGGGCCAUGGUCAGAAUCUUCAACAAACGGGAAUUUGGCGCGCUUACUCACAUGCAAGAAGUCAAAGCAAUAGUUCGUGGCAUUCCUAUACUGCCAGCGACGUUGCUCGAAGUGACGCUGAUAUCGCUCGCAGACAGCCCGCCAGGACUCCAAUUACCAAAAUGGAAACCAUCGAUCUGA